CAAAAUUCACCCCUUUCCACCCUAACCCUCAAAUAAAAAAAAGCCACCCUCAGCCUCACUAGGUCGGCAAAGUCGUUCCCUUCAGUCAGCUGAGCCGGCACCUACAAAUCCCGUCCCCUUCUUCGCCCGUCUCUCUCAGCUCUCUCAAUGCCCCCACCUCGUCCCGCAGUCCAUGCGAGCCUCCUCUUUUCUCUCUCUCUCUCUCUCUCUCUCUCUACCUAUAACCGACGAGAGGAAAACGUGACGUCGCACGCGCGCGGCGCGUCGACUCGAUGCGACGUAUAAAGGGGAAGCGCGCCGGCCGAGAGCAGCGCACUCCGCCGCGGCAAGUGUCCGAGCCCACUUCGUGUAUACUUUAGACUUGUACCUGCUUUUUCCGAUUCUUCCCUCGUACAACUUUCGAUCCGAAGCUUCCUUGUAAUCAUCCUGCUCGAUCGAAAGCUCCCUCGGGCCACGCGAUCCUCGCAAGUUUUCAUUGAAGAAUCGAGCUUUUCGUGGAGGAAAAAGCGCGCCAAAUUUGAAAACUUCAUCAGCAGCUCAGUGCAUAAAAGAGAAUCAGCCGAUAACGACGACAAGGAGUAGGAGGAGCUUCGAGUUGUCAGGUGAUCAGAAAAGAUUCAAGAUCGACGUGAAACUAGAAAUGUGCGUGCGUACGGUGUCAAAUGGCGGUGGCGAAGCCGAGCGGCCUCGGCCAGACGAGAAUCCGCCUAUCGUGGCGUUACCUAAGGAAGAGAUAAAGCUCACCGGCUGCCCGAUGCAGGCCGUGAAAAACGGCCUGACCAAAGCCAAGGAGAAAUACAUGAAGCUCCACGACGAGAUGCUCGAGAAGGACGCCGAGAUGUCGAAGAGACUCGAGGCCGAGGCUCACCUGGCGCAGGACGCCGAGACCGACCUCGUCGCCAGGAGCAGCAGGACCUACAAGAAGGUCGUCAGGAUGGCCAGGGACAGGAUCAACGAUUGGCAGGAUUCCAAGAUUUACAAGAUCCUCUUCUGCACAGCCCAGCCGGCCCACGUGAUAACGAUAGCCGCGGUGCUGUGCGUGACAUCUGCCCUGCUGCCGUCCAGCAACGGCCAGAGCUACGGAUCCACGACGGCUGGACAGCCCAGGUCCAGACUCACGUCCUUCGUCUACUUGGCCUCGUUCGUCAUGCACUUUGGUUCCCAGAUUUGGAUGACCUUCGUUUCUGGUCUGUCCUUGUAUUUUGCCCUGCCGCGCCACACGUUCGGAGAAGUUCAGCGCGUGCUGUUUCCACGUUAUUUCACGUUGAACGCCUGUCUCAGCCUGACGACACUGCUCAUCUACGUGAAACAUCAUCCGGCGCACAGCUGGGACGCCGAGAUCGCUGUACAGGUGAUAAGCAUGGGAGGAGCCUUCUUCCUUGAGCUGCUGAUACGCCUGUACCUGACGCCACCGCUGCUCCGUCUGAUCGACGUGAAAACAAGCCUGGAACGCGCCGCUGGCGUCGGCGCUGAGAUCGGCCGGCACGAUCCUGGGCCCCUCAAGCACUGUCCCCACUAUCUCAAGAUUCACGCCGCUUUUCGCAAAAUUCACGUGACCAUCGCCAUGGGUAACAUGCUCACGAUGGCCUGCACCGUCCUUCACCUUCACUACAUCGCGAGCAAGAUCUGCGUACUCUAGACAAAUCUGUCCCUGACUUUUCAUUUCGUUAUAAUAGUUCGUUUAAUUCUUCAUAUAUGUACGGGCUGCUGUUGCACUGAGAAGAGGGCAACGCUACUGUCGAUGAUUUUUCCUCUGUGCCGACGCUGCUCUGCAGUAGUAUUAGAAAUCUGGAUAAGGGGCUGCGCGACGUUCGAAUUUCCCGCGCGACUGCUUUACCGACGCUGGGUUUCAUCGAGGGUCCUGAUCCUCGGUUAGCGCGGAAUGUUUCAUUCAUUACUCGGUUGGUAAAACAGCGGCGCGGGAACUAAGGCUAACCCCCCUUGUCGGUAUAUUUAGUCACUUUCGUAAGUGUGUAAAGCGUUUCGAGAGGGUCCAUCAAAUGGAUCCCCGCGUCGAGUAGGUUAUAGUAGUUGUAUAACAUUUUGUGCCUGUAAAAUUGUCACUUUUCGUCCCACCGAAAAUUGUCUACAGUAUACGCAUUACAUAGAAGAGUCGAGUGCCUUCGUCACGAUAAACAUGCUUCUAUUAUUUUCUCGAAAGAAAAAAAUUCAAGCGCCCCCUUUGUCGUCGCUUAGCGAAUUUUUCUAAUCGUAUUGUAAAUACUCACGUAUGACAGUAUAUAAUUGUAUACAUAUAAUUAACAAAGAAAGGAUAUUUAUUUGUAUAUCGUAUACUAUAUACGCGGUCACGUCUAGCGCGCCCCCGAGUUCGAAUUUACAAGUGGAAAGUGAGCUUUAUAUAUUUAUUGUUAAUUAGAUGAUAAUCGAGUUGCGAUUGCGAUUAUUGCACCAUUUCAAGUGGAUAUUAAAGCGGACGAGAAAUUUUGAGAACAACACAUACCUGCGUUUUAAAAUAACCGCGUUUUUUGGCGGUUUUUCAAAAUGAAAAUCGGCGCUACGAGAGUUAUGAAAAAGAAAUGAAUCAUCUUUUUCACCGUCGACCGGCGCCUGUCAGUCGCAUCUUUUCUGCAAGUAUGAUUUACGAUUCUGCAAAAACAUGAUUUACAGAUUAAUGAAACACAUACGCUCAUUCUCAGGAAAUCUGAUACAUCAGCGAAGUGUGUAUAGUCGCCCGAAAAAAUUCCAAUUAAUUUAAAUAAAAAUUCAUAAUUCAUUUCUUCUCUAACUCUCGAGGCCAGAUUUAUACCCUCGCACACACACACACACACACACACACGUAAGCCACAUAAGAAAAAUGUCGCGCGAAUGCGCCUACAUUCUUCGGAACAUAUGUAAAUUAAAUCUUCGUAGAUCUUAAUCUUCUCAGUGCAACUUUUGCGUAUACGAAAGAAAUAGAAAAAAGUAUUCCGUGCCUCUGCGGUAUCUCCUUUUCUCGCGCGCGCGCGCGCGGGGAUGUAUGAAUCCACAAACACACAAAAUCGCCUUGAUAAACAAAAAAAAAAAGAAACGAAAAAGAGUAAAAGACACCAGCCGUUGUUUUUUUUUUUUUUUUAUAAUGAUCCGUUUGUCUUCUUUUUUACGACGACGAAGAUGAUGAUGAUAAUAAUGCCCACGACGACGCGGACGAGUAUGUUAUACAGUAGAGAAAAAUAUUGCACACGAUAACUGUACGCGUAGAAUAUUUAGAGAGCGCGCGAUUCACGCGUGGAAAAAGCAUCCGAGCAGAAACUGGAUAUUUUUCUCGACGAAGCAAUAUUUUUAGCUCCUUAUUUUUUUCUCUCUCGAUAUUCGAUUCCGUCGCUCUCUAUUAUAGAAAUCGCUCUUAGUUGCGUUUUCGUGAAUGAAUUUAUCGAGGAUAACUCUUUGUUUUCUUUUUAGAAUACUGUAUGUGUAACACAGCAUAUUAUAUAUCGAGAUAUAGUAACGAAAGUGAAGGCUGAGAUUCUUUCUCCGCUGCUUUUGACAAAUUUUCUUUCUUCAAUCGCGUUUGGAACGAUCGACCCUCAUUGGAGGGUUCAAUGAAACUUCUUUACUCGGAGACGCGUUGCUGAACACAGCAUAUGUUUUUUUAGAAAGCUGAUUCCGUAUACGAGCAUAUAUUUUGUAACGAAUUUGAAAAGAAUAAAAAAAAAUUGUUUAGGACUUCUCACUAAGUGCCAAUUUGUAGUAUACUGAAAAACUCGAGUGUCUCUGUACACGCAAACGCGUACCGACUUUUCAGCAGCGCCGGCUUCGGCGUAGACUUUUUGCAAUGUUAGGUAAUGAAACACACACACACACACACUCUGUAUCAGAGUGUCGUUAGUAUUUAUUAAAGGAAAAAACUAAAGGCAGACUUCGCGAAUAAAACCACCGGCAAAAUUUCUCCGCUCGCUGCCUGCGUUCUUUUCCAGCUGGAAGAGUUUAAGGCAAAUAGGCGAAUUUCAGCCCGGAGAAUAUCGCAGACUCGACGACUGAAGAUUUCUUUGUGUUUUUUUUUUCUUCUAAUUUAUGUGCAUGACGCGCCUCAUUGUUGUAAAUAAUCCCAUAAAUCGUUCAUCAAGAUAAUUGUACUAUGUAAAUUAUAUAUGUGAACUACGACUAUCCGAAAGUAUAUAAUACGAGUAUAGCCGCUUGUGGCUUUGGGGAAAUGUCGAAGUGAAACUCGACAUUUCCCGCAGAGCCGAUGCUGAUUUACUUGCUUCGAACCAAUGUUUUUUCUUUUCUGUCGUUUCUACAGUAAAAAUAAAGAAAUGAUUAAUAAGUAAAAGAGAACGUUUUUAUACGCCUUAAGCGUGCAUAAAAAAUUGUAUUACGACUGGUUACACAGUGUUACAUAAUUAUUCUUAAUAAAAAGUUUAUGUUUGCUGCUA